UGGUACAGCUGUCAGCGGUAUGCGCUUUUUUUUACCCCUCCAUGAAAUUCAUCGAGAACUUAUGCUAUUAGCGCAACACUUGAUUAUAUGGUAGCCAGGCCAUAUGGUAGAGCCGGAGUUUUCGAACGCAGUCAUUCCAGGGCUGUGUGCACCGCCGAAAGAAGCUGUCGAUCGUCUUAAUUGUGCCCACCCUGAACAUUGUGGCAGCUGGUAUGUCCAAGCAAGAUCAGGACACGGCGCUGCGCUAUAUGUUGGCGCACCUCGACAAUGCUUUGCGAGCUGACGAAGGCGUGCCUCUCUCCAGGCUGCAAGGCAUCCUUUCACAACUCCUGCCACUAGUCUGUGGCCCAUUUGGUGCUACAACUAGAAGCAUAUGGUUCGUCGCAAGACGCUUUGCCAGCACAAUGGUCAACCGGUGCCAACCACCUUUCGUGAAACCAGAUUCACGGACAGUGGCACCGGCGACGAAAAUUUGUUCCAGCUUGGAUGAUCUGCGAAACUACAAGAUACCCAAGAUAAGGCGACAGCAACCGCCAGUGGAGGAACAUGACCGUCACAUUUCCAGAGCAUCACCUGUUUCUCAAAGGAGUAAGAAACGUUGUGAAGAACAAGAAAAGCAUCGAACGGGGCUCACUAGGUCCCAUAGCAGGAGCCUCCUUGGUGGCAGGUCGUCGAGCAGGUGUGUGGUGAAUAGAAUAAUUGAAGAUAUGAACAAAGCCUGCCCAAGGGUGCCCAGCGGCUACAUUUCGUGCGGUGAUGGUUGCCCUCUUCAAAAUAAAGCGGGCAAUGAGUGUCCCAGGAGUCCCACCAUUCGCCCUCUGGAAGACGACCGGGGUAUUAGCGGGAAGGUAGCCAAGUUGGCCGCACUCAGUCGUAUGCCAUUAAGCAGCCACGUCAGGCAGAAGCAACAGACUAAAAAAGUGUGCGUUAUGUGUAAACGCAGAGACAUUUCUGAUGCUGGGGGCCAAGACACCUGCAUCAGGUGCUCCCUUUGCAAGCAGAUCGCCAAAGAACAGGCUGCAGUAAAAGAGAAGGGGGGUAAGGAACAGCUGGCUGCUCCUGAACCAGACAUGCCCGCCAAACUGCGCAAGCGCCAAGCCUCGUCAGAUGUCGAGAACAGGGAGCGGGACGCCAAGACACCCACCUGCCCACUUUCAUCCAGGUCGGACGACAGAGUUAAAGUGGACACUGUGUCACCCCAAGGGAAGAAGCACUGGAUUGUUUCAAAAAAGCAAGCAUGUAAGGCCUACCUCACGAAGCCAGUUAUCUCGUCUAGCUAUGAAUCCUGCAGUGAGGAUGAUGGUUGUUCCGCCACAGCUACUGCUGUUUCUGCGUCUCAACAAGUUGAGGCGGCUGCAUCGCCAUAUGUGCAGCCCCGGCAAGAAGACGAAAACACGACUUCAAACGAAAAUCAGCGAAACGUUACAAAACACCUGCCUCCAAAGGAUGACGGUCAGAGUUCGGAGAAGUGUUUUAAAGCAAGUAGCACUGGUUCGAAAGUUAGCAGAGCCAAACCUACAUUACAAAAAAGGAUGAUUAAGGGCAGUAACAAGGAAAAGCUGAGACGUCAAGUGAUGAAACAAGCAUGGAAAAUGACAAGGGACAUAGGUGACUAUUUGAGAGUGCUGAGUGAAAUGCCGAAGGGGACAGAUCCAAUGAAAGCUGUCACCAAGAAAGACAAGAGGGAAGCGUAUGGAAAUUGUGAAAGUCUAAAAGAUGAUCAUGCAGAUACAAAAACUGCAUCCUUAGAGCAAACUGAUGUUUCGAGGGAUGCUUAUGGAUUUACCUCAGACUCUUUAAUCUCAUCAGGUAGCCCAGCAUUAGUUACAUCAAGCUUUAGUCUCACCCUGACCGACUGGGAGGGUCUAAAGAAUGAAUGGAUCGAUGAUGCCGAGUCCAUGAGUGUCGGUGGCAUGGCUGGCAAGAUUGCACCUACUAGCUCCUUGGUGUCAAGUGACAGUGGUCCACCGGGUGGUAAAAAUGGCGAUUUGACAACAGGCCCUGAAAAAUGUGCUGCAGAGGCAGGUUCGCCUCCUAUCGUGAUCUCUGAUUUUUCAGAUGAUGAUUUAAAAGAGAAGGAUUGCAAUGCAGAGAAUAAGUCCCUCAUGGAGCUACCAUACUUGGUCUGUUUUGAGGAUGAUGGUGCCAUGUCUGUCAUGAUUCAAGAUGGAGCUAGUGGUUGUGGUCGAGAAAUAGGUUUCUCUGCAAAGGAAUCGGGUGCACUGGCAGAGCAGGCCCAGGAAGCUGUGGCUUUCGAUUCUUCUGACGUGGAUUACCUGGCCGCUUUUACAGAGUGUUUGCAGAAGAUCAGUACCACUGUUAUACCUGAAGGGGAUGCUGAGAAAACUGGUUUAAAGCAAGGGGAGCCUGUUGCUGUUUCAAUUUCUGCACCAGCACCCUCUCGUUCUGUUGGCAGCAGCAUUUCGGUGGAUACAUCUGACACAAGUGGACAACACACAGCCCAUGGCAACUUUAACACACAUGCACAUCUUGGGGAGCAUGCACACACAGGCUGCAGCGGCAGCAGUUACAGGUCAUUGUUGUGUACUGCAGUCGACCCAAAGGAAUCGUGUGUGGAGAUCUUGUACACAGCCCAGGGUGCCAUUGGUGGUGGCAGCGUGCCAUGUGCAGAGGACCCAGCUUUGCCCAAAGACCAGUUAAGCUUUCCGCAGCUGCUAAUGUGGAGUCUUGUGGCGCAGAUGGCACUGGGAAUGACUCUCCGCCAAGCUCCAUGGACCUUGAUUUGCCGACAGUCAAGUCAUUGUCUGCCAUCCCUAUGAACACGAAUGCAGCUGCCAUGCAGAGCGCUUGCACAACCGGGGGCAAUGUUUGGAAAAGCUCUUUGCCAAAUGCUGGGGACUUGGCUUCAGACACUGAUCAGUCACUCCUGCCUGCUCUAAACAGCAGGGAGACGUCUUUUACGAAACAGACUUUACUACGACUUUUACAGACUUUUACGAAACAGUGUGCUGAGCGCACUGCUUCAAACAUGCAUCAUUCGUAGUCGUCCAUUGCACAUUCGUCUUGUACGCAGCUCUUUCGUACAAACAGGCACAAUGCCAGGAAUGCAUCACCGCCAAGUUAUGAGGACCAUUCUGUGCAUGCAUAUAAGCUGGUGUCAAUUUCUGCCGGAAAUUCAUACACGGCAGAUUUUCCCGCCUCUUUUGAUGCCAUCUCUCUUGUCGACAAUGUCUUCGGAAUAUCGAGGGCAGCCACUAGCACCUCUGACAAAGGUUGUCCGGACCACCACUGCAUGCUGCACGGCCUGCUUAUACGGCAAUAUACGGAUAAGGCAAUAUACGUGUAAAAAUAAAUAUUUAAGUAUGACUGAACAAAGGUAUGGCGUUAUAUGAUAAUCUGCUAGCAACCAGCAGAAUCGCAUAAAAGAAAUUCUGCCGACAGUUCUUCCUUACGGGCUAGCCAUGGUCACGUUACUAAUGCAGGCAGAGUAAGCUAUAAGAAAGUUUGCCGUUACUUUGUAGAUCCAUCCUAAUUCAUUCUGUGGUUCGUGUCGCUCAUUUUGGCACGAGCCUUCAGUGUAAUGCAAACAAAAUUUAUUUUAGUGCCAACAUAAGCUUCCUAGGAAGGGCUUUAGGUUCUAUCCUCUUGUUGAUUCUGCCGACAGUCAGCAUUGAAUAAUGUGCCCCAAACUGACUUGUAGCUGCAAAAUAUGCCCACUAAGUGUUUUUCUGGUGCUCUUUCAUCUAGCUGUAAGCGUACUGCUACCAAUCAAUCGUGGGUGUAGGAUAUUGGAUGCUUUUAAGUGAAUGUUCGUUGAUCUUUACUUUGCACAGGCUACGGUGCCACUCAUUAACCGACCACUUUUCAGAUGCUCUUCCAGAUUGUGGAAAGAGGCUAGCCUCUUGUCAUUCUUUAGCUUGUUCAUGGCCACAGUGCACUGCGCCUGAAAAUUGAGCUGCUAUCACAAUAUAAAGGGUGCCUAUUGACUGUCAUGAGAAUACUUUGAACACAAGGUGUCACAUAUAUGUCAGCAUUAGUUAUGCGAUUGAAGCUACCAAUGAAGACGAACUGCUGGCAAAAUUUUCAAGCGACUCUGCUGGCAGAAUGUGUGCCCCCUGUAUUAUAUGAGCCCCACUAUUUUGGUCAGUGUGCUACAAUUUUCUUUUGACAUAGUUUCACUACCCAGCCAGAGAAGAUAUUCGCAAACCAUCAAUUUUAGCACCAUACACACGGACACUUCAUUGUAAUUUUCUGGAAAGGAUACCCAGGCCCAGCUGCAUGUGAGAAAAAGAAAUUGUUGCAUAACUAAUGGGAAUUAGCCCUGUACAAAAUAUAUUACGUACUUCUGUCUUGAUUGUAUAAGUUGUGUUAAUCAUUUGAUGCACACAGUAACAUUUAAACACAAGAUAUAUGCAGACCUUGCAAAUGUGUGCGUGUGUGUGUAAAUAAAAUAGCACAACUUCUCCUAUCAAGACACGUCGCAUCAACUAGACCCCAUCAAAGAUGCCCUAUACAGUAUUCAGCUGGCCUUAAAUUUUAUCACAUGGUGUAGUUUAAAUAUUUCAUAACGGUAUGUAAACCAAUUUAUGGACUGCAUGUGAGAAUGCAUAAUUUAGAUCAAUUACAGUACCUGAGGCAGCAGCUUUUUAUUUAGCCUUUGCCAUUGCUUGUUACAGUGGUCUUAUUGAUUAUGUCAUGUAAACAACUCAAAAGUUUUGUGUGUAGUAUACCAGAAUUAAAAUACUUAAUGCAGCUACACUACUUCCCAUACUAGUGGGAUGAAUUCCUCUGCUCAUCAUUCUGUCAUGUGUUGUUCUUCAGGCAUACAUGGUGACUGCAUUUGGUGUCAUGAGUUCUAGGCUCACUUGGGCCUAUCGAUCAAGUCAAAUAUCCCUCAACAGUCAAUUUAGUGGAAAGCCAUCACUGAACUGAAAGCUCCUAGAUGAAUUCCCUAGACCAAUUCCUGCACGCUUUUGGUCAAUCAGAUUGUGUGUGGAAGCUGUGUAUGAUACUUCACUUUAGCUACGCCAAUAAUCACACAGCUCAGACUUUCACUAUAAAUCUAAAAUGUCACACCAGCAAAGCUGAGUACCAGCCCUUACAUUUCAAAGGCAUUUUUAAAGGCUAGGCAGUUCUGUUUAUAAGCAUAUUCUCACAACAAAUGUGCAUCAUCUUCAUUUCAGAGUAGUGGCUAUGCACAAGCGUCCCUUUCCAAGCUGUUCUAUGGUGCCUGCAGGAAUAGAGCAGUGCCUGGUGGCACCGUAUAGUUGAGGCGUAACAGUGAACAAGUAGUAAAGAAAGCAGCUGAUACUAAGGUGACACACAUGUAGGAAGAUAAUAAUAUCCAAGCCACGUGCAAAAUUGCUUUUAAUGUGCCAUAUAACCACAGCUUUGGCUUGUCAGGUUAUUUUACUCCACACACACAGCGCUGCAAUAAAGUCUGUACAAUGGUGAGCAAUGCGGGAAGGCAUGAAACAUUUUUUUAGAUGUGCGGAUUUGGGAAUAGUACUUGUGAAUGCAUACCCAAUUAGCCCAUAUGCAUGUUUUCUUGUGGAACGAUUUUACGUUUGGCACAGAGGCUGUGCCACUGUGACCCUUGACUGCAAAUUUCUGUGCUCUCUUUCACAUUGCUCAUGGCUGUACCACUUAUUUGGCUGCUCGAGCAGUGACUAGAUAAUAGAGCACACCAAUCUUGCGGAUUUGUGCAGAACACAUUGCGCAUUAGUCAUUAAGCUAAACCUAAGGAAAUAUCCAUUGAUUUGAUAUGAAAAUAAAAAAAAUGGC